AUGGCCUUUGACAGCCUCCUGUCCGCCCUGCUCCUGCUCAGGCGACUCUCCCGGCAGUUGCGGCACAGGCGCCGGGCCUGCACGCGGACCAUGGUUCCGGACCGUUGCUUCGCCCUGGAGCUCCCCGACUGUACUUUGGCUCACUUCACUCUUUGCCCUGACGCCCCUGGUAAUUCUCAAGGAGCCUGCCAGCAUCCCCGCCUGGGCACGAUCCUGGGCUCCCCAGGACGCAGCUACUCCCUCUGUGUGCCGGUGGGGCCCGAGGCUGGUUAUGGGACCCGGGUCCGUGCUGCUAAGCUGCACCAGCGGCUGCUGCACCAGCUGCGUCGCGAUCCGUUCCGGCAAUGCCAGCUGCAGAGGCUGCUCUCCUACUGCCCCGGAGACCAGCCUGAGAGCGCGCAGCAUGGCUUCCUGCUUCGUGACCCCCGGGACUGCCUGGAAACCAGGCGGGCCCUGACUGAGCUACUGGGAGCGUGCAAGGAGACCCCGCCCUUGCAUCUGGGGGAAUUUGAGACCGACCCGCACGGCCAGCUGUGGCAGCGGAUGUGGGCUCUACAGGACGGCCAGUGGCUGGAGGUGGGCUGUGCGCUAGUGAUGUCCACCCAGGAGCCCUCGCUGCACCCGGUUUUGCCAGACCUGCCUAGCUCCGCGAUCUUCCCCAGCCGAGAAGCAGCCCGGGCAGUUUUGGAGGCGUGUACAUCCUUUAUUCCUGAAGCCCAAGUGAUGCUUGACCUAGUAGACCAGUGCCCAAAGCAGCUCCAGAAAGGAAAGUUCCCAGUAAUUGCCAUAGAAGGACUGGAUGCUACUGGUAAAACCACAGUGACCCAGUCUGUUUCGGAUUCACUGAAGGCUGUCCUCUUAAAGUCACCACCAUCUUGUGUUGCUCAGUGGAGGAAAAUCUUUGAUGAUGAACCAACUAUCAUAAGAAGAGCUUUUUACUCUUUGGGCAAUUAUAUUGUGGCUUCUGAAAUAGCUAAAGAAUCUACCCAAUCUCCUGUGAUUGUAGACAGGUACUGGCACAGCACAGCCACUUAUGCCCUAGCCACUGAGAUAAGUGGUGGUCUUCAGCAUCUGCCCCCAGCCCAUCACCACAUAUACCAGUGGCCAAAAGACCUGCUCAAGCCAGACCUUGUCCUGCUGCUCACUGUGAGUCCUGAAGAGAGAGUGCAGAGGAUUGCAGGUCGGGGGAUGAAGAAGACCAGAGAAGAAGCUGAACUUGAGGCCAACAACGUAUUUCGUCAAAAGGUAGAAAUGUCCUACCAGCGGAUGGAGAACCCCAGCUGUCAUGUGGUUGAUGCCAGCCCCUCUAGAGAAAAGGUCCUCCAGACUGUUCUAAGCCUAAUCAGAAAUAACUGUAAUUAA